GCAUCUUUGGGACCAGCCAGGUGUUCCAAAGCAUCUGUGAAGUAAAACCACAGGUUACGAGGUCAACAGUGCCCCUCAAAGUCAGGGAAUAGUGAGUGACUACCUUGCUUUGGGAUCCCAGGUUCCUGCCCGGCACAGCCAUUCACAUACCAUGCAGCCUUGAGCCACUGACUCUCUUUGGGCCUCAGUGAACUCAACUGUCUAACGGGUCUCUUCUGCCUCAGUGGAUAAGAGACUGGUGGCCUGGCUGGACUCCAGGAACAUCAGCCUGCCCUCCCUGGGCUUCUGUGUACUCCUUCUGCCUCUCCACCCUUCUGCUCCCCUGCCUCCCCCAACUCCCACCCCAGCCCUAUGCCCUGGGCUAGUCCACAGUCAAGGCCAACCCUCUGCCUGUCCCCGCUUCCCCCACAGCUACUCCAGAGGCCAGCAGUGCUUGGAGCAGGCAGACUGGGAGACAGCCGUGCUGUUCUUCUCCCGCGCGCUCCACCUGGAACCGCAGCUGCCUACCUCCAGCUCUGUGACUUCUCCUCGGCCGCCCAGAACUUGCGAAGGGCCUACUCCUUACAGCAGGACAACAGCAAGCACCUGGAACGCCUCACCUUUGUGCUCUACCUGCAGGGGCAAUGCCUUUUUGAGCAGUGUGCCUUCCUGGGUGCCCUGGGUGUCUUCUCACAUGCUGCUGAGCUCCAGCCCGAGAAACCACACUUCCGUUACCGAUGCAUGGCCUGCCUCCUGGCCCUCCAGCGGCAUCAGGACUGCCUCUCACUUGUCACCGAGGAGCUGAAGCAGGACACCACCAACGCUGACAUCUACAUCCUCCGGGCCAGACUCUACAACUUACUCCAGAAGCCCCACCUCUGCUACCGGGAUUUGCACCACGCCUUGCUGUUGACUCCCAGGCACUCGCAGGCCAGAAUGCUGCUCCAGAAGAUGGUGGCCCAGGCACAGCAGGAGCGCCAAGACGCAGGGAUCCUGGCCGUGCAGGGCAGGCUGCAGCACGCGCUGCAGCGCAUCAAUUCUGCCAUCGACAACAGCCCUCUGGACCCCAGUCUCUUCCUCUUCCGGGGCAUCCUGUACCGUCGGCUCCAGGAGUUUGAUGGGGCAGUGGAGGACUUCCUGAGGACGCUGGACAUGGCGACCGAGGACCAGGAGGACAUGGUGCAGCAGGCACAACGCCAGCUGCUGCUGACCUACAAUGACUUUGCCGUGCACUGCUACAGACAGGGCGCCUACCAGGAGGGUGUGCUGCUGCUCAACAAGGCCCUCCGGGACGAGCAGCAGGAGAAAGGGCUCUACAUCAACCGGGGCGAUUGCUUCUUCCAGCUGGGCAACCUGGCCUUUGCCGAGGCGGACUACCAGCAGGCACUGGCCCUGAGCCCUCAGGACGAGGGCGCCAACACGCGCAUGGGCCUGCUGCAGGAGAAGAUGGGCUUCUGCGAGCAGAGGCGCAGGCAGUUCCAGAAAGCAGAGGAACACUUCUCCACGGCCAUCCAGCACAACCCCCAGAAGGCCCAGUACUACCUGUACCGGGCCAAGAGCCGGCAGCUGCUGCAGAACAUUUUUGGGGCCCGCCAGGAUGUGGCCACUGUCCUGCUCCUCAACCCCAAGCAACCAAAGCUGUCCCUGCUGAUGACCAACCUCUUCCCGGGCAUGUCAGUGGAGGAGGUACUUAGCACCCAGGUAGCCCACCUGGCCAGGCUGCAGCUGGAGCAGAUGGUGGAGGGCAGCCUGCAGGCCGGUGGCCCACAAGGCAUUGUGGGGAUGCUCAGGCAGUGGGAGUUGGAGCGCCAGAAGGCCUGGGCCCUGCGACACUCAUGGAUGCAGGGGAAGCCUUUGACUGAGACCUCCGAGGAGCUGAAGGCGGCUCCUGAGUUCCUGCAGGCAGAACCAGAAGGCUCAGGGGGAGAGGCUGAGGCCCCCAAGGAGGAGGAAGAGAAGAAGGAGGAGAAAAAAGAGGAGAAGAAACCAGAGCUCAUCCUUAGAAAGACGGAGUCUCUGUCUGACAGCUACCUUGACCAGACCUCUUCAGCCUCUAGCAUUGACUUCAGGACCACAGGCACCUCAGAGAAUGGGACGUCAGCCACCUGCCAGGAAUACAAGAGCACCUCAGCCACCGCCGUGACAUUCUCUGACUCGUCACAGCUGAAGACGCAAUCCUCAGACUCUGGGAACAACCGGGAGGCACUGAGCCAUGGUCCCAGAAAAAUCAAGUCCAGCCAGGGCCAGAGGCAGAGCUCCAGCAAGAUCGAGGCCACCCAGAGCCCAAGGCAGGCACCCAGCAAGACCAAGACCACCCGGGGCCCAAGGCAGAGGCCCAGAAAGGCCAAGGCUGCUUGUGGCCGGAGCUGGAGACCCAGCAAGGUUGAUGCCACCCAGGGCAGAAGCAGGGGACUGCUCCGAAGUUCUGCCAAGACUGAGGUUUUCUAUGACUCAAACGGGAGUCUCAGCAAGACUAAGGAUGUCCAAGGCCAGAGCCAGAGGCCCAGCGAGGCUGAGGCUGCCCAGGGCAAGAGCCAGAGCAUGAGCUCAACUUCCAGCAAGGCCGAGUCCAUCUGGGGACCCAGCCCCAGUCUCAGCAAAACUGAGGUUGGUCAGGACCUCACCCACUGUGAAGCGCUCUGAAGGGACCACCCAGCCCCUCACUUCUUGCUGGGGAGGGGAGCAGUUCUACCCACCACUUCCCACACUGGCACUCAGCCAGCUGCCUCCUUCCAGAGCAAUUAAAAAUCUUAGC